UUCUAUUCAAACGUGGAGUCGGUGCAGUGCAACCCUCCACCACAGGUAUGUACCGCUACGCCAUUCAUCCUCGUAUUAAGUCAGUUGUUGGCUCCCGUCCGUGAAAAUGUUUAAGUUGAUGUACGAAUAUUUUAACAAUAGAUAUAGUAAACUUGUUUUAGUGUGUAAAGUAAAAAUAAACUUCAAGAUUAUUUCGAUGAGACAUCGUAAUGUAAGUAUAACAAUAUUAUAUUAAAUAUGACAACAAAAAAAUACCGAAGAUUCUACGAGACUGCUUUUGACUCUAAUAUUAGUAAAUCUGAUGAAGAUUUUCUAUCAGCUGAACAACAUGAUAUAGCUGUAGCAAACAAGUUUAUAGGUCAAUUACAAAUAUCAGCCAGCACUUGUUCAAUCAAAAAUAAGUGUGACACGCACAAGUCUAAAAAACGACUUUUUGGAUUUUUAAGAAAACGUAUUAAUGGACAGCAGAAGUACCGUAGUUCAGAUAGCAUGGUAACCAGUUGUAGCUUGAGUCUCGAUUCCAUUACAAGUGAUUCUCUUAGUUCAAACAGUUCCGAAUCGCCGUACUACAAACGAUAUCCUGAGCCUCAUAUCUUAUCACCUAUAUCCGAUAAAUCUUCAUUAGAUGCUGCAGAAAUUUUAGACAAAGACCUUCGGAAAAACGUUUUAGUUAAAACCAAACCUCCUCAAUCAUUGGGUUUACUUAAACUUAAUAGGGACCAUCAACAUCAUGGAUCUGAUAGUGGUAUUUCUAUGGGAUCCAAACCAGGUGACAACAGCUACCAGGAAUUAUUAGACCUUCCCUUUGACAUGCCUAAACUUAAACGAAUACCACAAAAUUUCGAAGUCUUCCAUGUAGCUGAUAAAUCAGAACAAUCAACUAGUACCGAAGCAGCCGCAGAACUUCCUUUUAACAUGCCAAAACUAAGAAGAAAACAAAUUAUCCAAAAUUCUGAUACUACGUUAUCCUUCGACAUACCUGAAUUAAGGAAAAAGCAGAUGGAGAAUUGUGCACGAGUUAUAUCUUUAAAUUUUGAAAUUGGUCAAAAUCUAUCUAUUGAUCAAUGUUCAAACAAAUUAAAUAAUUUUAAUGAGGCUGAUAAUGAGAAUUCAAUAAAAUCCAAAGAAGAUAGUUUAAACAAUUUUAAAACAAAAAAUGAGCUUGAAAAGAAACCCGAUAGGAGUAGUCUAUUUUUAAACGUAAAAUCUAGAUGUAAUCCAGUUGAUAAUAAGAACAACAUAAUGAUCUCGAAACCUAUUCACAAUAGAAGCCAAUCAAAUAGACCUGCAUUAAGCUUAUUUGAUAUUAAACCAUUGAACUUUGUUGACGAUAUUAAUUUAAGUCUUCCACUAGAUCAGCAACCCUGGUAUCACGGACCUUUAAGUAGAAUAGAAUCUGAAAAAAUUCUACAAAAUCAAGAAGAAGGAAGUUACUUGGUUAGAGAAAUUAAAGGAUCAUACGCUUUAUCAAUUAAGUGCGCAAGAGGAUAUAUUCAUAUAAGAAUUACGUCUUCAGACGAUAAAAACUAUUUAGGCCAAUCGGAAAAACCAUUUCCUACAAUACCUGAUCUCAUUAGACAUUACACACUCAAUAGACUCCCAGAAAAAGGAACAGAACAUGUUGGGCUAUUAAAGCCAAUAGCGCCACAAAUAUUAUAAAAUGCUUCAACAAUUAAUACUUAAAUUAUGUAAAUAUUCAAUUUCUUCAUCCUCAUAGAAUAACCUCAAACUGUGAUAAUACGAAAACAAUAUUUAUGUUGUGAAAUGAUACCAUAUCAUUAAUAAGUGCAAUAUUUUCAAUAAUUUAAUUGUCAAAAUAGAAAAUAACGAUUUACAAAAUCUUAAAAUAACGUU